UGAGCCCAUGAGCCAUCAGCCAUCAUCCCCGCUUCCGCGAUGCCCGCGCCAACGCCGGAGUUAACAUGAGAUGAUAAUAGCCUUUUGGUCGCUUCUUAUCAGAAAUUUCCUAUUUUUAUUAGCCUCAGCGACUUGUGACACCUUACUGGCUGCAUCAAACCGCCAAGGGACGUCAGCACGUGGGGGAUUGUGGCUUCUCUCGCGAACGGUCAAACGUGGCCACCUAGUACACGCUACACCCAGGUUUGGCUUUCUGACACAGUGUCUUAUGCGCCGGGAUACAUUAGAAGCCCUCUAAAAGAUGGCAACUGCGGACGUUGCUCCUCAUUUUGGAGCGGAGCUAAAGGACGCAUUUAAACCAGUGAACAAUUGGGUAUGUACCGAAGUCGCUUCCCCGCAUUUUGUCCGCAAGACCAAGAACAACGGUGU